AUUUCUGGACCGUCUGGGUCGGGCAAAACAGUUUGGGUUAAAAAGUUUCUUGAAAAUAUAGAUAAGAUGAUUGACCGAAAAGUUGAAUAUCAAAUCCUGUACUGUUACGGAGAAUGGCAGCCUAUUUUUGAGGAAAUCCGACAAAACAUACCACAGAUACAAUUUUUUGAAGGCUUUCCAGAUGUCAAAAGCAUGACUGAUCCGUCGUUUCAUACCGUAAUGAUAAUCGACGAUCUUCAAAAUGAGCUACUUGAUAACUUAGAAUUAGCAAACUUAUUUACAAAAGGCAGCCAUCAUAGAUCAAUAUCCGUGAUAUUUUUACAGCAAGCUUUGUAUAAUAAAGGCAAAUUCUCCCGCUUAUGUUCUCUCAAUUGUCACUAUAUGGUGGUGUUCAAAAGUCCAAGGGAUCAAACCGUUAUUUCGACGCUUGCUCGACAAAUGUACCCGGGCUGCGGGCAGUACUUAAUUGAGGCCUAUAGAGACGCCACGGAAAAGGCUUAUUCGUACUUGUUCAUAGAUUUACAUCCGCAAACAGAAGAUAAAUUUAGACUACGUUCAAAAAUAUUUCCCGAUGAUUGGCAGAUUGUUUAUGCACGAAAGUGA